CGUGGCGGAGGCGGUAAGCUUGUAGUGCUCCGGGAGGCGACAUUGGUCUGGAGUGGUCGCGCCCCCUUGGCCGCGCGGCUGCCCUCGCGUGCCGGGUGAUUGUGAAGUGGUGAGUAAUUGCCACUGAAUGUAAUUGGGACAGCAGAUCCAAGAUGGCAGCAAACCCUUCAGGACAAGGUUUUCAAAACAAAAACAGAGUUGCGAUCUUAGCAGAGCUGGACAAGGAGAAAAGAAAAUUGCUUAUGCAGAACCAGUCUUCAACAAACCAUCCUGGAGCUGGUAUUGCACUCUCGAGGCCGGCUCUGAACAAGGACUUCCGGGAUCACGCCGAGCAGCAGCACAUUGCCGCCCAGCAGAAGGCAGCGUUGCAGCAUGCUCAUGCACAUUCAUCCGGCUACUUCAUAACUCAAGACUCCGCGUUUGGCAAUCUGAUUCUUCCUGUCUUACCCCGCCUUGACCCAGAGUGAAGAGACGGUGAUGGCAGCGACUGACGGUAAAUGCCAAAGCUCCUCUCAGUGCUGUUCAAACUGGAACUUUCAGAAUUCUGGUGAACUUUUUUUUUUUUUUCUCGCCUCUUUGAAAGAAAUGAACAUGUACAUGAAGACAGAAGGAAGGGCAGUGCAGAUGAGAGCUUGGGAUGACCCAUCCGAGGCCUGGACUGUGCUGCCUAGGUCUGUAACUUUUUUUGUAACAUCAUUUGAUUUUGAUCUGUAAACCCCACCAAACUGUAGGUUACCUAAAAUCACUCCCAGCCUCCCACAAGUUUGUCUGAAUGUGUCAUAUCCGCCACAGCAGACGGUCAGGCACCACUCAACUUGCUUAACUUCACACGGGUACCUUCCAAAACUUCACACGCAGUAGGCUUAUUUAAUUUAUUUAAGUUCCAUUCAUCUUUGGUGUAUAAGAUUGAUGUCAUUGCACCGUUUCAGCUGAUAGGCACAUGUGUAUCAUCUUGAAAUGCUUUGUAUAAUCAUAACUACUUCCUCUCUUCUCAAUUUUGAAAGGAAAAUCAAGAUAAGACUAAAUUACCAGUCUUAAACAUCUUUUGUAAAUAUAUGCCAUUGUCAGCAAUGUGACUAAAUGCUGUCAGAUAUAACAAAUGUGACUCUAACAUUUAUACACGAUUGAGUGGUACUACAUAAGUGACACAACUGCAUAGUUAUGUCCAUUUUUGGUCCAAUUAAAAAGUUACUAUGCAUGUUUAUCCUUUUUCAUUUACUUUAAUUAGGAACGAAUUAAGCUUAUCAGUAUGACCCUUCUUGAACAGAUCUAAGGUGCCUACUUAAAUAUGCAGUCCUAAAAAACAAAGGACAGUCCUUACUCCCCUGCUCUGGUGUUACAGAAUUAGAAUCUGAUUGAAAAUAAAGACUGAAAACUA